GUCAUGGAACGUUGGCAAAAUCGAGUGGCAGUGGUGACCGGCGCCAGUUCCGGGAUUGGUGCGGAGGUCGCUCGAAAACUGAUCUCGGCCGGCGUGGUGGUAGUGGCCCUGGCCCGGCGCCUGGAUCGUUUAAGGCAACUGCAACAGGAAGUGCCUGAGGACCGGCGAUCGCAGCUGCACAUCCGACAAUGCGAUGUCACGGACACUGUAUCCGUGAAUGACGCUUUCGACGCAGUGCAGCGGGAACUGGGCGGCGUGGACAUUCUGAUUAAUAACGCCGGAAAGCUGUCCGGCGGACAGCUGUUGACCAUGCCGUUGGACACUGUGCAGCAGGUGCUGCAGACGAAUGUCAUGGGCGUGGUCCACUGCACUCAGCGGGCUUUCGAAUCGAUAAAGAAGCGGCACAGCCCCGGUCAUGUGGUGCUCGUUAACAGCAUCGUGGGCCACUACAUCUUCAACCCGCUGCCUGGAAGCCAACAGGAGCUCAACAUGUACCCGGCAACGAAGCACGCGGUUACCGCCCUCACCGAGAUCUUGCGCCAGGAGAUGCGGGACUUUAAGACGCAGGUCAAGGUCACGAGCAUUAGUCCGGGACUGGUGGACACAGAGCUGGUACCUCUGGCUUACAAAAGACUGCCCAUGCUGCGGGCGGAGGAUGUGGCCAAUGCCAUCAUGUAUGUUCUGGACACGCCCCCACACGUCCAGGUGCACGAGCUGACCAUCAAGCCGAUGGGCGAACCCUUUUAGGACGACGCUGCAGUGCUCCACUUCGCCCACUUAAUAUUUCAGAGCAUUGUGUAAUAACCUUGUACUAGUUUUCAGAAUGAAUAAUUUGGCAAUGCACCAACUAGAUUUCCACAACUCAUCAGAAAAUUAAAGAAGUUCCCAUAUUUGCA